AUGGCCAACAGACCUCAAAUUCGUACUAGUGAUUCAGCUCUCAUCGCGAUGAUCGCAGAUGAGGACACUGUAGUUGGAUUUCUACUUGCUGGGGUUGGAAAUGUUGAUUUGCGGAGAAAGACAAAUUACAUUAUUGUGGAUGCAAAAACAACUGUGAAGCAAAUCGAAGAUGCAUUUAAAGAGUUCUCAUCCAGGGAGGAUGUUGCAAUAGUGCUGAUUAGCCAGUGUGUUGCGAAUAUGAUAAGGUUUUUGGUUGAUAGCUACAACAAACCAAUCCAUGCAAUUUUGGAGAUUCCUUCUAAGGAUCAUCCAUAUGAUCCUGCGCACGAUUCAGUUCUUUCACGAGUGAAACACCUUUUCUCUGCGGAAUCUGUGGCAUCUGGGAGACGUUAA